AUGGGUCUUCUUCCUCUUACUUACCGUCGUCCCGAGUUCGUCCCCAAGCCGGAUGAGGUGCGGCCUUCAAGCCGUGCCACGACCAACUCAACCGACAGUGGCAGCUCGUCGGGCACCGAUGAGAAGGCGGGGACUUCGGUAAAGUCAGGUCAGUCGGGGAUGAGCAGGGGUAUCCCCUCUGCUCUCUCCUUUGACAAGAUCAUUGAUGGGGGCACCUGUCCUCCGUGCACCGUUCGUGACUUUAUGAACUAUCUCAUCUACGUCGAGCGUGCCGCCGAGAACCUGCAGUUCUUCCUCUGGCUGCGCGACUACAAGAUGCGCUUCGAGGCCGCCUCGACGUCGGACAUGGCCCUAGCCCCGGAGUGGACGCAAGCCAAGGAGGACGAGCUGACGGUAAAGCUCCAGAAGGAGCAUACGGAAAAGAUGCGCAAGGAGCCCGAGGUGGCCGCCAAGAUGUUCAAGGGCACCGACUUUGACAAGAACGCCGGCACGGCCACGGAGCGGAACGAGUCCGACUGGGGCGCCUCCCAGUCCGGCGACGGCGAGUCGACCAUCAUCGGCUCGCAGUCGACCAACUACAAGGCCCAGGCCCAGGAGGCAUUCACGGCGGCCGGUGCAAAGCAGCCUUUCACCAUCCAGCCGUUCCGCGAGGAGAUCGACCGCGUCAUCGCCAACUACAUCGUCGAGGACUCACCCCGGCAGCUCAACCUCGCGUCGCGCGAGCGCGACGUCCUCGUGCACGCACUCGCCUACACGACGCACCCGAGCGCGUUCCGGACGGUGGCGCGGACGGUGGAGCACUCGCUCCGGCGCCAGGCGCACCCCAACUUCAUCCGCUGGAGCAUCUGCAACGGCAACCCGGCGCGGGUCUUCUUCGCGCGCGCCCUGGGGGUGUCGCUGAUCGUCGUGGGGCUGACCGCCUCCAUCAUCCUGGCGCUGUCCUCGGCCGGGCGCGGCUACCGCGCCCUGGGCGCCAUCGGCUGGAUGCUCGGGGUGUCGACGCUCGUGGCGGCGUACAAGGGCAUGUGCGUGGUGCUCCACGGCAUGCACCACCGGCACGUGCGGCCGUGGGAGCUGUUCGAGACGGACGAGCGCGACGUCGAGGUGGUCGGGGAGGACGGCGUCCGCCUAAGCAAGGGCUCGUUCGACUCGUUCGGCAGCAGCAACAGCUACGAGGACGAGCCCUGGGUCGUCAAGUACAAGAAGCGCAACAUUGUCCGCAAGAUCUUUGACCGCGAGGUCUGGAUCCAGGAGCCCGCGUUGAGGCAGAUCCAGGAUACCAUUUUCGUGCAGGCCAUGCUGGCCGCUCUGCUUGCUUCAGGUCUGCUGGUUUUGAUUUUUGUCGCAGUGCCUGGUGGUGGAUUCUUUUGA